AUGAACAUGGCAGUUACGCAAGAAACACUACCCAGUCUGCUCGAUGGCACGCUGCGUGCUGGCUCCAGACCCUCCGUGCGAAAGGAAGCCUACCUGCGCCCAGCAACAGUGCAAUGCCACGCAUCCAACCUGCUCCGUCUGCCAAAUGGAGACCUACUAUGCACCUGGUUUGGCGGUAACAUGGAAGGGAAACCUGAUAUCAGCAUCUACCUGUCCCGCCUCCCAUCCGGGGGACAGACCUGGGGGGAAGCCCUGAAGGUUACGCACGACGAUACACGCAGCGAACAAAACCCAGUUCUCUUCCGACAUCCAUCCGGCGAGCUCUGGCUACUCUAUACCUCGCAGCAAGGUGGUGAUCAAGACUCAGCCGUCGCGAAACGCGUCGUCUCAUCCGACAAUGGCACCAGCUGGAGCGGUCCAACCAUCCUCUUCAACGACCCAGGCACGUUCAUCCGCCAACCCGUUAUCAUCCUCGACAACGGCGCCUUCGUAGUCCCCACAUUCAAAUGCCGGGGCGAGCCCGGCGCAAAGUGGAUCGGGAACGACGAUAUCUCUGCGAUCCGCACGUCCGGGGACCAAGGCAAGACAUGGACAGAGAUCGCAGUCCCGCAGAGCACAGGCUGCGUGCAUAUGGAGAUCCAGCGUCUCAAGAACGGGAGCUACCUCGCGCUGUAUCGAAGUCGGUGGGCGGAUUAUAUACACCUCUCUACUUCUCCUGAUGGAUUGAACUGGAGUGCGCCGCAGCCUACGCCCCUGCCGAAUCCUAAUGCCGGUAUAUGCUUCGAUGUGUUGCCCUCUGGUCGGGUCGUCGCCGUGUACAAUCACUCCUCGCGUAAGAAUGCGGAAUCCCGCAGAGAGGGCCUAUACGAUGAGAUUACCGAGGGUGAGGACAAUCGUCCAAACCAGAAAGAUAGGGAUGAUGGCAAGGAGGCUUUCUGGGGUGCUCCGAGGGCGCCGCUGUGUGUGGCGUGGAGUGACGAUGAUGGCAAGUCGUGGCGGCAUCGGACGUUGGAAGAGGGGGAUGGAUUUUGCUUGACGAACAACAGCGAGGAGAAGCGCAAUCGCGAGCUGUCGUAUCCCAGUAUGGUCGUUGAGGAUGGCACGAUCCAUAUUGCUUUUACCUUCUGGCGCCAGACGAUCAAGUAUGUCCAGAUUGGAGAGGAGUUUUUGAAAUAG